AUGUAUGGUGUAUCCGGUAGAAAAAUUCAUGACAAUUUGUGUAAUAGAUUAACAAAUUUAACAUUAUCAGCUCCAAGAAUGGUUGGUCAAAUGAACAGUGUUUUAGAAGAUUAUAUUAAACUAGGAAAAAUUGGUGAAGGUACGUAUGGUGAAGUAUAUAAAGUGCGACAUAUACAAUCAAAUGUGUAUUAUGCAAUGAAAAAAAUACGGUUGGAAAGUGAAGAUAAUGGUAUACCUGCCACAGCAUUACGUGAAAUAUCAAUAUUAAAAGAAUUACAACAUCGAAGUAUUAUUCGUUUGUGUGACGUUAUUUUAACCGAUGAACGUUUUUGUUUAAUAUUUGAGUACAUGGCAAUGGAUCUAAGAAAAUAUAUGUCCAAUUUAGAUUCUAAAUACAUGGAACGAUCCUUAAUUCGAAGUUAUAUGCACCAAUUACUUGAUGCUAUCAAAUAUUUGCAUUGUCACCGAAUAAUUCAUCGUGAUUUAAAACCACAAAAUCUUUUGGUUGAUGCUGAAGGUUUGAUUAAAAUUGCUGACUUUGGUUUGGCUCGUCCAUUUUGUGUACCAUUCAAAGUUUAUACCCAUGAAGCAAGUCUUAUCGUCACAUUAUGGUAUCGUGCACCAGAAGUACUCUUAGGAACUCAACGUUACGGUUGUUCCGUUGAUAUUUGGUCACUCGGUUGUAUAUUUGUUGAAAUGUUCAAACAUCGUCCAUUGUUUCAUGGCGAUUCCGAAAUCGAUCAAUUAUUUCAGAUAUUUCGAAUAUUGGGUACGCCGACAGCCCUCGAUUGGCCCGAUGUCACCACGUUACCACAAUUUAAACCAAUGUUCCCAAAAUGGUCAACAAAUUAUCAGCCAUUAUCAAAUCAUAUGGACAAUGAUGCCGAUGCGAUCGAUUUAUUAAUGAAAAUGUUUGUAUAUGAACCGUCUGGACGUAUUGUGGCUAAAAAAGCAUUAGAACAUCGUUAUUUUUCAUCUCCUGAAAAUGGCUUUGAUCCAACGAUCUUACGUUUACCGAAUAAAGUGGCAAUUGCAAAAUAA